CUGAAUGGGUUAGUUUGCGGAAGUUAUUGAGCGAGCGUGUUGCUCGUUCUCAUUUCUUCUUAUUUUCUUUAGCUCGCUCUCUGUGGUUAUUUUAAUACAUCAGUUUUUGUGUUUGGUUUGAAACGACAGAGAAACAUGAAAGGAGUCAUUCAUUGUAAAAUGUAAUCCCGUCUGUGGGCAAAGAACACCGACUUCAACGUGUUCCGCAUGAUGCACAUCGGUAUCCGUUUCGUCCUUUGAGCUCCUCACACUGUUAUCUGCUGGUAAAGCUAACAUUACUCAUGUCCAAAUCAACGAGAUUGCAUUCAAAAGAAAAUGAGUCCGAACACCUGCCGAUCUAUCAGCACAAAGCCAAACUGAUCCAGGCUGUCAAAGACAGCACUUUCCUGGUGGUGACCGGCGAGACUGGCAGCGGGAAAACCACGCAACUUCCAAAGUACCUGCAUCAAGCAGGUCUUUGUAAAGAUGGCAAAAUUGGCAUCACACAGCCCCGCCGGGUGGCUGCCAUCACAGUGGCCCAGAGGGUAGCCCAAGAGAUGGAGUGCAAUCUGGGUAGAGAGGUUGGCUACCAAGUACGCUUUGAUGACUGCACAUCACAGAGCACCGUGGUGAAGUACAUGACAGACGGAUGUUUGCUCAGAGAGAUCCUAGCAGAUCCUGUACUUUCUCAGUACAGUGUUGUAGUCUUGGAUGAAGUCCACGAACGCAGCCUUAACACAGAUAUUCUCCUGGGGUUACUGAAGAAAAUGUUCUCCAACCCUGCUAAGGCCCCCAGGGGCCGAUCCUUCCCUUUGAAGGUGGUGGUGAUGUCCGCCACCUUGGAAACUGACAAACUUUCAGCUUUUCUUGGUGGCUGUCCCAUCUUUGCUAUCCCAGGGAGGGCUUUUCCUGUCAGCUGCACAUUUGGUUUUGCUGUAGGACCUAAAGACAUAGAGAGCACUGGUUAUGCAAAAGAGGUUGUCAAAGUGGCCCUUGAUGUGCAUACCAGUGAAAUGGCUGGGGAUAUUCUUGUGUUUUUGACAGGUCAGUCAGAGAUUGAGCGAGCUUGUGACUUGUUAUAUGAAAAAGCUGAGUCUAUUGAUUACCGCUACGAUGUUCAGGACCAAACAGUGGAGGGCCUUCUUAUUUUGCCUCUUUAUGGAUCCAUGCCCACUGAUCAACAGAGGCAGAUCUUUCAGCCUCCACCUGCAGGAAUAAGGAAGUGUGUAGUGGCCACAAACAUUGCAGCAACAUCUCUCACCAUCAAUGGAAUAAAGUACAUCAUAGAUAGCGGGUUUGUGAAGCAACUCAACCACAACUCAAGGGUGGGCAUGGAUAUCUUGGAGGUGGUGCCUAUUUCAAAGAGCGAGGCUCAGCAGAGAGCCGGCCGUGCUGGAAGAACUUCAGCCGGUAAGUGCUUUCGAAUCUACACUAAGGAAUUCUGGGAGAAGAGCAUGCCUGAAUAUACAGUUCCGGAAAUCCAGAGGACAAGUCUAACUGCGGUGAUACUCACACUCAAGUGCCUGGGCGUUCAUGAUGUCAUUAGGUUCCCUUAUCUAGACUGUCCAGAGGAACGGUUUAUUCUUGAGGCAUUAAAACAGCUCUACCAAUUUGAUGCCAUUGAUAGGAGAGGUAGAGUGACCCCGCUGGGGGAGCUGAUGGUGGAGUUCCCCCUGCACCCAGGCCUUACCAGGGCCGUGCUCAAAGCCGCGUCGCUCGGCUGUCAGGACCUGCUGCUCCCCGUGGCCGCCAUGCUGUCCGUAGAGAACAUUUUUAUCAGGCCAGGCCACCCUGAGAAGCAGAAAGAGGCAGAUAAAAAGCACAGAGCGCUGGCGGCCAAGAGCGGCAGUAUGAAUGACUUUGCUACUCUCCUCAGUGUGUUUCAGUCAUGUAAAUCCAGUGAAAGACCCUCAGCCUGGUGUAAGGAUAAUUGGAUCCACUGGAGGGCGCUGAAGUCGGCCUUUAGUGUGGAGACUCAGUUGAGAGAGAUCCUCCUCCGCCUCCAACAGAAGAAAGAUUUCCCUGUGGAGACAUUUGAUGGCAAUAAGAGUGAACUCUUCAGACGGUGUCUGUGUACAGGAUACUUUACCAACGUUGCCAGAAGGUCCGUUGGAAGAGUGUUUUGCACAAUGGAUGGCCAUGGAUCCAUGGUUCACGUUCAUCCAUCAUCAUCGCUGUUUGACCAGGAGGAUGAGCUGAACUGGGUCAUUUUCCACGAUGUGCUGGUGACCUCACGGGUGUACAUCAGGACUGUGUGUCCUAUUCGAUACGAGUGGGUGAAGGACUUAUUACCUAAACUCCAUGAGGUGGAUAUCUAUGAGCUGAGUGGUGUGGCGAGAGAAGAAGUGACUGAUGAGGAGAUGAUAAAAUGGGAGACCAGGGAAGCUGCCAAAAGACAAGCAGAGGUUUCUGUUGAGGAUGUCAUGAAAAAACUGGAGAAGCGAAACAAUGAAACCACUGUCAGUGAUGCUCGUGCUCGCUACCUGCAAAGAAAGCAACAAAGACAACAAAAUAAAGCUCUUUGACAAAAAGCAAAUGUUUUUGAGGAUGUGGUUCAUAUAAUAUAUCACAAAGGAGCAUUUUUGAAAAAUAUAUGAAUAAUACACAUUUGUUACAUUUAUAA